AUGUUUCUGCAGGAUUCCUUUCUGAGCAUGGAGAUGAGAAUGGAGAUCCCGCCCACACUCCUGGAGCUGGCAGGAGAGAGCCUACUGAGCGACGAGGCCGCUGCCAUCGCAGCUCUGGAGCACCUGCCCGCUGAGCUCUUCCCAUUUCUGUUCCUCCUGGCCUACCAUAGUAGACAACACCAGGAGUCCCUGAAGGCGAUGACCCAAGCUUGGCCCUACCCUGUCCUUCAUCUGGGAGCCCUGAUGCGUCGGCCUCGAGUCGAGUUCUUAAAAACCGUGUUGGAUGGGCUUGAUCUUCUGCUUGCCCAGGAGGUUCGCCCCAGGAGGUGGAAACUGCGGGUGCUGGAUUUAAGGAACCAGGGUGUAGAUUUCUAUGGAUGGUGGUAUGGAGACAGAACCCAUGAUCACUCACUAACAGGACCAAUAACUGUGCACCAGUCCAGCCCCAACAAGGAGCACCCCUUAGCUCCCGUGGAGGUGUUCCUAGACCUUAACUUCAAUGUAAGGGGCAUAGAUGCGUUUUUCAUGUACAUCAUCCGAUGGGCCCAGCAGAGGGAAGGGCUGCUACACCUGUGCUGCAAAAUGCUGAGGAUUAUUGUGGGGCCCUUCCAGCGGGUGAGGCAGGUCCUGGAUUCCGUGCAGCUGGACUGUAUCCAGGAUGUGGAAGUGAUCAGCACCUGGGGCCUCCCCACCCUGGGGACGUUUGCUCUUUACCUGGGUCAGAUGAGGAACCUACAGAGACUCUUUCUCUCCCACAUCCACAUGUUGAAUGAGGAGGAUGAAGAUGAAAAUGAGAAUAUGGAGGAGGAGGAGAGACUGGAGGAGGAGGAGAGAUUGGAGGAGGAGGAGAGACUGGAGGAGGAGGAAAUACUGGAGGGGGAGGAAAUACUGGAGGAGGAGGAUCAGGAGAUGGGAGAGGAAGAUGAGUGGCAGAGGGAGGAGCAGGAGCACCAGGAGGGGCAAGAGGAGCAGGAGGAGCAGGAGCACCAGGAGGGGCAAGAGGAGCAGGAGGAGCCAGAUGAACAGGGAUCCUUUUCCCAAUUCCUGUCUCAGAUGCUCAGGCUGCGGCGCCUCCGAGAGCUUCACAUCGUUUCCCCCUCCUUCCUCCGAGGCCGUCUGGACCAGAUGCUCAGGUGUCUGCAGACUCCCUUGGAAAGCCUUGCCAUAAGCCGUUGCCAGCGCCUGACCCAUUCAGACCUGACACACCUGUUUCAGUGCCCAAACCUUAGGCAGCUGAAGUGCCUGCGUCUGUAUUGUGCCAGCCUUGCUGAUUUUAGUCCUGAGCCACUCCGAGCUCUGCUGGAGGCAGUGGCACCCACCCUCCAGGACCUGAGCUUAGAUAACUGUGCCAUGGUGGACUCCCAAGUCGAGGCCAUACUUCCUGCCCUGAGCCGCUGUCACCAGCUGAGCAAAUUCACCAUCUCUAAGAACCGCUUCUCCUUGGCCACCUUGGGGAAGUUGCUGCGUCACACAGCUGGGCUGCGCAGCUUAGAGGUGGAGUUGUACCCUGCCCCCCUGGAGUGUUACCCGACCCAGGACAUUGAGGACACUAUCAACCAGGAGAGACUUGGCGAGAUCCGGGCUGAGCUGACGGGGAUUCUGAGGGAGUUAGGACAGGCCAGAAACAUCCUGCUUGCUGCCAAGCACAGUGAGGGCUACGAGUUUUAUGAUGUGGCAUUUCCAUGA